CUGACUCGCGCGUGUGAGACUCUGGGCGAUGACUUGGACGAGAUUCGCGAGGCGCUGGCCUCCAAGUGUGCGCGGCUGCGUGAGGUGCGCUCUACGCCGCUCGAGAUGAUUGUUGACCAGAUUCUGGCCAUGGCUAAUAAUGACGGCAGCUGCAGCGGCCCCCUGCCAGACAACAUUGAUGUCAUGUCUGACACCACGUCGAUGGCCAGCCGCUUCAGCUCGUUCACGGCAACUGAGACCAACGCGUCGUCGCGGAUGACCGGCUCGACAGCGCGCCGGAUAUCGAAGAACCGCAAAAAGGAGGAGAAGCGCAAGGUGCGCGGAAAGAAGGGCAGCAUCUAUGAGGAGUCAUACUUGGUCGACUCCAUCUCCAAGCUUGUUGACCGCGUGCGCGUGCACCAGACAGCAGUGCGCGAGAUAAUCUGGGCGCUUGUGCACUUUGGCCAGCUCACAGUGGCAUCCCAAAUGCAGAGCUCAUUUGCUGAAUUGGUGGACCACGUGUUGGCAGAGGCUGCCUAUGUUUUCGACGAGCAGAGAGUGCAGAUGCGCUUGGGCGAGAAUGGCUUACCUGAGCCUGUGCCAAUGGAGGUUAACGAGUUUGGUAUGACAUCGCAACCGAAGCAUCCAAAGCCCAUACUGCCGAGUUACAGCUGGAAGAUUGAUUCGCUGAAUCUAGCUAGCAAAUAGUUAGUGUGUGUACAUCAAUAUACUUUAAAUUGUUGUAAUAUAUAUCAUACGGACUUGAUUAUCC